UGUGGGUUGGUUUAAGUCACAUGUCCACAAACUGAUAGUAAAGCCACAUCUUCCCACGGCAGUAGUACAUGUUUCACUCUGUACGGAGAUAACAGGACAUUUCUACCACUAGAUCAGAAGAUUCACUAGAAAAUACUCACUCUAAAGUAACUCAAGCAUCACCCUGAGAGCUCGACUAUUACAAGAUACCAGUGUUUUAUAAUGUCUGGGGCAACAGGAGUGACGUUUCCCAUGAACACAACUACUGAAAAGACCUACAUCGGAAUCCCAACAGUCAAUAUAAUAUCUACGGGGAUCGUACUUGUGAGCAAUGCAUUUGGAUUGGUUGUGAACACCCUUUACCUCUGGGUCCUCGGAUUCAGGAUGCGCAGGAGUAUCAGCACCACUUGGUUUUUUCAUUUAAUGUUAUCUAAUUUCCUUCAAACAUUAAUAAUGCCAUUCAUUGCUGUGUAUUUGAUAACAGAUCCCCGUUGGGUUAUGGGAACCUUCCUAUGUAAGUCUAUGCAUUCACUGUUUUCUGCAGUCAUGUAUUCAUCUGUUUUCACUCUCACUGUAAUCAGCCUUGAUCGUUACUGUUUAGUCUUACACCCAGUCUGGUACAGAGCACACAUGAAUAAUCGCUAUGCAUCCGCCAUCUGCAUUUCUAUUUGGGGCUUGGCCAUUUUGUUUUGUUCGCCAUAUUUUGCAUUUCGCCAGACACGCCUGCUGGAGGACAAUAAAACUACCAUUUGCUACAAUGAUUAUACACUUUCUGGAUCAAUCCAGGAAAAGUCAGUGAGAUGGGUCAUGUACAUUUUUCGCCUAAUUUUUGGAUUCCUAUUGCCAUUCGCUGUAAUCACUGUUUGCUAUGUCAGAAUUGCUCUCAGGAUGAAGAAGGCAAAUCUGGCCAGAUCAAGUAAACCUUACAAGAUCUUGUUUAUAGCUGUAAUAUCUUUCUUUGUUUCCUGGUUCCCUUAUCAUUUAUGGUAUGGAAUAACCACUGCAGAAGACAGUGUCCAUAAAACUGCUGUGGAUAUAAUGAUGGUCCUUACCGCAGUGUUUAACUCUUUCAAUUAUUGCUUUACCCCGUUACUUUAUCUCUUCACUGCUGAGAACUUCAAGGAAGCGUUACAGAAGUCCGUCCUCUCGCUCAUCGAGUCGGUAUUUAACUAAAUAUGGAGAGAAAGCAGAUGCCCCUUCAAAACCCGUUUAACCCGUCCAAUGAUAGAAAUGAGAAGCAACCUGAAGCAAUAAAUGUACAUGUAACCUUAUUGUACUCACAAAAGGAAUGAAGGGUGAAUAUAACAAGUGUCACUAUGUAGACCAAUGUACUAGCUGCCCUUAUCGGCUGCAAACACUGAAG